AUGUGUGUCCUAACGAUAUUGGUUCUCCGAGGCAAAAAACAACAACAUGAUUCGAGUUGUCCUCUAGCUCAUGUGCCGCUACGUGCACUUUCAAGGAAUCAAACUGGCACAGUCUCGCUUCUGACACCAAGAGGUAAAAACACCUUUAAUUACAUCAAGUACAGUAAAUUUAAUAGCUUAAUUGCUAAUAGGAUUUUAAAUAUGGGCAGUAGAUCGCAGAUUGGAAUCAGAGCACGAAUUACGAAGAACUUAUUAAAUAUAUGUUGUUUAUAUGCGGCAAAAUCUACCACUAACAAUUUUGAAGCUUCUUUGGAGUCUUCAAGUACUACUGCUCAAAUGCCACAGAUUUCAACUUCAUUUACCACGAAAAUUUGGAAAAGCCAAGCAGAAAGAAAAACAAUGGCACCUAUUGGAAAAUUACGUGCUCAUUUAAUUUCUGAUGAUGACAGUAAUAAGGAAAGUGCUAAAAGUAAUUUCGAUGAAAAGGACAUUCAAGUUGUUGCAAAACAGAGCAAAACAGGAAAGAGUGUUUCAAGCGGGACAAUUCCUAAAAAAGUUCCAAUUAGAAAUAAAAGGCUAGAAAUAAAUAAAAAUUCUGAUAUUAUCGAAGGUACAGUAAUUAUACACGCAGAAAAUGAUAUGGAAGAAUAUUCAAUGCGCAAGAAUGCACAUGCGAAAUUUACUCCUCUUAUGAGUUCCACGAAGGACAUGAAUUUUAGUUAUACGCAGCAGAUGAUGGACGGUAUCGUAAUUGUAGAACCUUUAUCACCAAUAAAAUUAAACGAAACUGUAGUAGUUGAUAAAAACUUGGCUAGUAAUAUAGGAAAAAAUAAUGAACCUAAAUUUACAUCACGGUCGUCGAUAACUUUGCAGAAGAAGAUUCAGCAGCUGAGAGAAGCGGUGAGAUACAAAGAGUUUGAUGAAUUACUCAGAGUAGAGGGGUCGUCCGCUGAUGUGGAAAAAUCUAAAGUAAAUAUUAAAAAACAAGAAAUUAAAGAACAACAAAAGCGGCAGAACAAAUCUGUCAGAUCGAACGAAGGUGGAACUCUUGUUGCUUCAACAAAACCAUGUUCGAGAGAAAAGCGUAAAAUUACAAAGUACCAACAAAUAAAAACCACGCAUAAAUGAAAUUGUUUAUUUGAACCAGAUGCCAAAGUAUCCGUGAAGAACAGAGUUAAGGCGUUUGAAGAGGCAACGAGAACAAAAUCUUCGGAAAAAGAGAGGGGAAAAGGAAAUAUCAUUGCGAAGAAAACCAUAGUUCGAAAAUUAGCGCGAAGAUCAGUGGAGAAAGCGAAAAGAAUUUUAUUAGCAAAACAGAAUAAGAAUGCCGAUGAAAGGAGAAAAGAAGAAGAGCAACGACAAGCUACGGAAGAAGGAAUGAAAACCAAUCAGAUGAUUACGUCGCAGCCAAAAUAUGGCUCCAAACAGCAAGGUCCAAUCACUUACGUUUUGGAUAGUAAACCUGACGACGAUGAAUCAGAUGAUGAAUCGAGGCCACAGCAUACAAUUCCACAUUGGGCACAAUCGCACAUACGUGAAAACCAACUAGCGAUGCAGAGAUACAUUCCGAAGAAAGCAGUCCAGAAAUUCUUUGGUAGCAGAAACUGCACACCAAAUUUAAGUGAAACGUUUGAAAACAUAGAUUUAAUUUCAUUGCAAUGCACGUCCAGUGCAAUAUGGGAAACACCACCGCGUUAUUUCAAGAUGGAAAACGAAGAAGUAUAAUUUGUUAAACUAGAUAUUAUUGAUUUUACAUUAUGCCUAAGAAUAAGAAUACUUGGCGUACCUUGUUAUUAGCAAUUAAUAAAUAAUUGAUAUGUAAUAAGUAACUGUUCUGCUGCGACUUUUGAAUAAAUAAAGUAAGAAAGUAAAGUUUAAUAGAUUUGACUUAUUAUCACUAUUGUAAGUGUAAUAAUUCGCGAGAUACCAAACUUUAAUGUAUCCAGCAUUGUGUCCUAAAUUUCUUCAAAUGGACUUACUCUCCAAUCAUAUUUUCUGGCUUUAUCUUUUCUUUCAUAUUAAAUAUUUUGUUGCAAUGAAGUAUCAUACGUUACAUACAAUAAGUAAUCUUAUAAAAUAGAUAAAUAAAUCAUGUUGUAGAAAUUAAAUGCAUUCCUUUUUUACCUGUUACAAGAAAAUGAUUUUUAGGAUCAGUUGCUAAUGUUAAUGCAGAAUCACGUAUAGAAUGAAUAACUGCGAAAGCUUGUAGAAAUCCAGCAUCAGGGUGAUGAGUCCACACUUGUCCCCCUCAGAGUAUCGGGGCUUCGUAAAAGUUCAUUCUUGUCCACGAGAUCGAUUUUGUUGUCGUCCAACAAUUGACAAGUCGUUUUCCUGAGUUCGGCUGCUAUUCGCCUAGCCUCGUCUAUGUCUGAAUCCACUUGAAUAUGUCUGGGCGUUUGCCUGGAAAUUGGAUUCACGUCCAAAUUUUGAUAUUGUUUCUAAUGUUACACCUGUGAUGUAACACCUUUGAUAUUGUUUGUGAUGUUACACCUGUGUGUAAUAAUCAUCUGAUGUUUAGUUUUCAUUACUUCAUCUGCAGCUUGUCGUUGAGUUCAUGUGCCUGCCUGUUCAAAUGCCGUUUUUUAAAAUCUUGUAUUUUAAUAUUUGCUUGAAACUUUUUCAUUUCAAGGGAUGACUCACCUUCGACUUUUAGCUGCUGCAUCUUCGUGUUUUCACUCCGUGAAAAAAUUCUCGUUCUCUUACUUACUUAUCUUGUUGUCAUUGAAGACUUUUUUCGCUAUAUCGCAUCUUCUCCUAUAGAAAGAUCAUUUUGUGAAGUGAUCUUUCUUGAAAUCAAAUAAAGAAAUAAAAAAUAAAGAAGAAAUAAUGCUGCUGCUGCUGUUGCUCGGAUACUGUCGUAUUUUCUUCCUAUUUAGGAGGUAUCGUGGAAGACAAAUGUCGGACUACGGGCGACGUAGCUAACCACUGCGUUAUCGUCGUUCGGUAUUAGUUAGUGUCGAAAUGGCGGUAUUUGUGCUGUCGAGUGCCGCCACAGUACCCCCUUACCAGUGAUAACGUUUUCCUACUUUCGUGUUGUGCCUAUGGUCGUACGAUUCAUUCGUUAUUUCCGUGUGCGUUUGUGAGAGGAUUCGACAUCUGCGGAUUUGUCGUUUCGCUGCGGGAUAAAGUGUCGAUCGCGUGUAGUCAAACCCGUGCAGAUGUUGCGCGAGGUCUUCGAUGCGGCGAUGAAUAUCUGUAGCUACGGCACGUGUCGUCGUUCCGCGUUCAUCGUAGCGGUAGAGGUCCAGUUUUUCACAGUCGUAGGUUCGCGGCUUGAAGUCUCGGUAGCGCUACCACGGUCACACACCUCCGUUUCGAAGUCGAUCACAUCACGUCGGGGUCACCAAUUGAGGCGGAUAUAUCGUAUUAAUAGUGAUAGCUCCUGGCGGUAGAUGUCGCUGCUGAGGUACUGUCGUAUUUUCUUCCUGUUUAAG